AUGACGUUUACACUACAGUUAAUCUUUGCUGUGCUCCAAGGAUUAGUCGGUCUCACAACGCAAUCUAUAACUGGUGUCACAUACAUGGAUAAUUUCGAUUUUGAAGAACGGUAUAGAAAUGUGGACGAAUGCAAUCCCUUUUAUUGGCAUCCUCUACACAUGCCAGAACAUUGCACCAAAAUGUUUGAAACACUUAUAAGAGCUGGAGUAGGAGCAUUUGGACCUACUAAGAUCGUUAAAGACAAGAAUUAUGCAAAUGACCAAUAUUAUGAAAGCGAUGAAGAAGAUGGCACAUUACCACCGUACGAAAAAAUGGUCCAACUGCUCAAAAAUGAUAUAUCCAAAGAACCGAUUGAACCAGAGAUAACUUUUUUACCUGGUAUUGGACCUGCAGCCCUGUACCACCAACCAGUAUCAAAACAAAGCGCGGAUUAUAUUAAAGCUGUAGCUAAAGCAUACAGACAUAUUAGUUUUGCAUUUGGUCCCUUAUAUAAUCCGAUAGAAGUGACUACUUGUGAAACUCGUACAGAUAAAGAUGAAAAAAAUGCUGGACUCAGUUACAUGGAUCCGCUUAACUUCAGACCUCUACCUAAAAGUGAGGUAGAUCCUUGCAAUCCAUUGUAUUGGUACCCAAGGGCUAUACCGGAAUCUUGCUACUUGAGAACAACUCCAAGGACACAGAUGGCUUUGCCUCCAGAUGGAGUUGUGCCAUUACCGAUACCGGUUCCAGUACCGGGGAACAUCCCAUUGCCACCUCUCAUUCCACCUAUACCUUCAAUAAUACCAGCUAUACCACCAAUAGUAACCCCCGUUGCACCAAUAGUACCACCAGUAUUACAAAUGAUGCCACCCGUUCCAUUUGGGUUGCCCCUUGCUCCUAGUCAUCCAAUGCUGCCUGUUCCCGGUAUACCGUAUCCACCGCCUUAUCAAUAUCCACCCCGACAAGCUGGAAUGGUUCCAGGAAUCAGAGGCAUUGUUUCAGAGGAUGGAGGUAUAAAUAUACUUCCGUUUUCGGACGCAUAUUCGCAGUUGUUAGAAUCACAUAAAAAUAAAAUUCUCCGUAAACGAUUACGUAAACUAUUUGAUGAUUAUAAUCGUUCCCCGAGAUGGAGAAAAAAGAAAUAUCGUAAUAGAUCUAGCGGCUACUAAAGGUAAACCUUUUAGUGUAUAAUUAAAUAAAGACCCUUUUCUAAAUUUCUCUUUAUUAAGGCUUUAUAAUGUAAUUGAUAUUAAUUAUCAUAAGUAUAAAUAACAAUUAAGUACUUAUAUAGUAUUAAUAUCAUACCUAGUUAUUACUAACAUAAUAAGAACUACAUUUAAUAUACAGGUACUUGAAAAAAAUGACAUCAUACGAUCAAAUUGUUGGAAGAUAUUCCUAGGUUCAUUAUCAAUAGUGAGUUUUGAAUAAUUAUUUACCUACUUUAUAUUUUUGUUUUUAUAAUUUAAUAAUUUCAUAUUUAUUAAAUUAUAUAUUUUAAUUGUAAUAGUUUCAAAGAAAUAAAACUUGUUUCGAUAGGUAAUGAAGGUUUAUUUCAUUGAAGUUUUUAAGCUGUGACAGCGCUAUGCUUGACAUCAAGUUCCAACCUGUUAUUAACAUAAUACAUUACCUGCUUCUGAAAACUAGCUAGAUUUACAAAAAUCUAAGUAAAGUUAUAACAACAACACUCGAUAUUUGUAUGCGAAUUCCGAAUUUGUGAUAUAUUUUUUUUGUUCUCUACCUUAAAUGCAUUCAAUUAAACUUUUCUAAAUUUUGUAACCAACUUUAAUAGGAUAAUAUGAUGUCAUUUUCAAUCAACCUAAGUUCUUUCCUAUAUUUAUGUGGACGGAUUUCCUGAGGGCUUCAUAAGUCAUUAUAUACAAAUAUCUUAUCUAAUAAUCAAAAUAAAACAAUAUUUUCUAAUAAUACAAUAACCUACGCACACACUUGAUAUAAUAGUGUAUAUAUAUAUAGACAAUUAAGUACAAUUUUGCCACAAGACUUAUCAUUUAUUUAAAUAAAGUCCGACUUAACAAUAAAUAGCAGAUUAUUAAAAUUGAAUUGUAUAACAACAUGAUUAAUUUAUUAUUUUAUUUUUAAUGCCUACCUUAUUUCCAUAAAACUAUUUUAAACUUUUUUCUUAUAAUAACAAUACAGUACGUCUAAGUACGUUUUAAAACAAAAUCUCUUUUAAUAUAUCAUUAUGUCAAUAGAUGUCGCUAGUGAUCUUUUAUGAUCUAAUAGUUUUUAUAUGAAUGAAGUUAUCAAUAUUAAUAACCAAUGGACGUAGUUUAAUUUAAUUUUCUGCCCACCCCUCUGUAUUGUUUUGAAUUGAAAAUAGUAUAAAAAAUGCAAUUACCACUCUUUUAUGUCGAUAGAUAAAGGUUGUUGGAAUAAAUAAUUGCUUAAAUAAAAUACACCCUUAUUUCUAAAUAUUACAUUAUACUUUAGCGACUUCUAUUGGUAUAAAGAAAAACUAAAAUAUUGACACUAUCAUAUUUUAAAAGUCAAAACAUUAAUGUGAUACUUUCCUAAAUAUCACUAUAAUAUUAUAAUAUCUGCGAUAUCACAUAAAAAGUCAGAUAUUAAGAUAUAAUAAAGCUUAAUCUAGUCAUUGUAUACCUAGCCUACUGGAAUGAUUCGUAUGGACGUCUUAAAUUUUCCUUAAUUACUAAAUUAAUCAUUAUUAAUAAUCCUAAUAAAAAUAUAAAAACUGUUACGUGUUCAGAUCUAUUGACGUUGUUGACAACACUUUUCAAUUGAAAAUUGAAUAGGAGAUGGUUCCAUGUUCGUCGGUGUAAAAUUUUUAUGUAUGUUCAACGAGCUUCCCUUUGAUUUUGUACCGUAUAAUGAAAUGCAGACCUAUGUUCAGAAUUAUUUCUUUUUUAAUUGACCUUAGAUGGUCCCAUAAUUUUUUCUUACGAAUUCGAACCAUCAACACCUCGUUAACUGAAACCCAGACAAAGAAAAUAGAUUUUAAAUCACAAAAAAUGUAGUAUAUUUUAAUUAACAGAAAGUAGUACUCGAAUCCCAUUCCUGAUGUCAAUAUAUUGUAUCGCAAGUAAAUAUUAUUUUUCAUUGUGAUGUUUAAAUUUAAUGAGAGGGGCUUUCCGACGAUGAAAUAUAAGUAGACAAUAUUAAGUAUCUAAAUUAAUUGAAGCGGCGAUAUUCAGUUAUAAGUACUU